GUUGGUUGAGGGUACGUAUCCACCAUCAUCGUCCACUGGACUUGCUUUUGCGUUCAAACACUGUGUCUUUCUAAGCACAAACAAUACAGAUAGUAGUUUCUAAACGCUUACCAAAAAGUCAAAUCGGUUCUGUCAACUGUCAUCUGACCAUCUGUCAAACACAGAUGUUUUUUGUGUACAUUUUUUACGAAAACACAUUUUGAUAAGCGCAGGAAGAUUACAAGUUUUGUAGUAAAUUAUGUAUUGUAAUACAAGGCCGGCUAAGCGAAAUAAAGUAGGUAAUUAUGUAGUUACUUGAGUUUCGUCAUCACAACUGGCAUAACAGCCCAUGAAUUUAACAUGACUACAUUAAGUAGAGUUAUUGGAAAUGAUGAAAUGAAGUGGAUAACUGACCAGUUUUCGAGGUUAAAAGACAAAUGCUACUUAGAAAGUGCGGGCGCGGCGCUGUACCCCAAAAACCUGAUAACUGCAGUCAACGAUGACCUCCUCAACAACACUUUCAUGAACCCACACACAGACAAGUACACACGCGACUGCAUAGAACAUAUAAGAAGCCUCACUCUUAACCACUUCAACACCGACUCUUCAAGCUACGACGUAAUAUUCACCUCAGGAACCACGCAGUCUUUAAAAAUCGUCGUGGAAUCCUUCCGCUUCAGUGAGACUCAAGACAAGAACGCCAAGGAAGGGUCGUUUGUUUACUUGAACGAAAACCACACUUCAGUCCUCGGCUUGAGGGAGAUCGCUGCCGACAAAAAUGCGGACAUCAUCCACAUAUCGCAUAAUGACUUCCUCGACGCCGUCAGGGACCAAACUAACAUGUUCUCCAGUUCAAAUCUACAGGACCAGAGCAUAAACAAUAGCUUGUUCGUGUACCCUGCUGAAAGCAACUUCAAUGGAUUCAAAUAUCCCAUAGAUUGCAUGGGGAACAUCAGAAACGGCUGUUUGAACAGCAUAAUUGACGGCCACCCGUGGAAAGUCAAUCGGAAAUGGUUCGUUAUGCUGGAUGCAGCCACGUUUUUGGGGACCAAUAAGCUGGAUCUCUCGAAGAGUCGGCCGGAUUUUGUGGUGCUAUCGUUUUACAAGAUAUUCGGGUAUCCGACUGGGCUGGGCGCUCUGCUGAUAAAGAAGAGAAGUGCCUCGAUACUGGAUGAUAAGAGGUAUUACGGCGGUGGGACGGUGGAUGUUGUGCUCAGCAGCGAACGGUUUCAUGUCAAACGGACUGAUAUACAUGAAAGAUUCGAAGACGGCACUACAUCGUUUCUAUCAAUACUGGCAUUGAAACAUUGCUUCGACGUAUUGCACAGUUUGAUACCGAAAUCUGUAAACAACGAUCUAAUGGAGACGAUAUCCCAUCACACUUUCUAUCUAUCCAAGGAUCUUUAUGAUCAACUAAAGGGUCUGAAGCAUAAAAAUGGGACGAAAGCUGCAGUUUUGUACAUGGAUUCUGAUUUCAGUGAUGUGACGAAGCAAGGCGGUAUAGUUACGUUUAAUAUUGUCCGUGAUGACGGCACUUAUAUCGGAUAUAAUGAGUUCCAACACAUGGCGGACCUCUUCGGCAUAUGUGUUCGCACCGGCUGUUUCUGCAACUCCGGAUCCUGUCAACGACACUUCAAAAAGACCAACAAAGACAUCAAGCUACUCUACCAAUCAGGCCAUACUUGCAGCGGAAACAUAGACCUCAUGGAUGGCGAACCAACCGGCGCUAUCAGAGCGUCUUUCGCAUACUACAACACUUUUAACGACGUGGAUAAACUGAUGAAAAUGAUCUGCCGUUGUUUCGUAAAUACACCCUUAGUGCGGCCGAACAGAAGUUUAGUCUCAUGGAACAAGGGUGUUGUGACUGAAAUGAAAGCAGAAUAUCAUAAUAAUAAUAAUGGAUUGGAACCAGAGUUAAGUCAUUAUUCCGAGGAAUCUGAAGAGAAGAUUGAGUUUGAUGUGCAGGCUGAGGAAACUGCAGUUUUGAAGGAAAUAGCUCUGUUUCCUAUAAAGUCGUGUGGGGCUUUCAAGGUGAAAUCUUGGCCUAUUGGGGACAAAGGAUUCGCGUACGACAGGGAAUGGAUGAUAACCAACCACAAUGGCGUUUGUCUGACUCAGAAGAAUAACACUAGAAUGUGCCUGAUUAAACCGACAAUCGAUAUCAACAGGAAUCUGUUGGUUCUCCAUUGUAAAGGUCGAGUCCCGAUCUCAAUCCCGCUCAACGUAUCUGCAAACAAGAGCCAAUUCACACAAGUGUGCCAAACCAAGGUCUGUGCUGACAUGAUAAAAGGAUAUGACUGCGGGGACGAAGUGGCUCAAUGGAUCUCCGAAGCGCUAGAAGCCUCAUUCCUAAGACUCAUUAGACAGGCCAGCGACGACCUAAGACAAUUAAAAAGUAAACAACCAGAUUUAAGCGGGAAAAUACUGUCAUUGAGCAACCAAGCGCAGUUCUUGCUGAUCAACAAAGCUUCGGUUAGAUGGUUGAAGAAGAAGAUCAAAGAUGAUAGUUUUAUGGAUGAAGUAGAUGCGUUGAUAGAUCGUUUCAGAGGGAAUAUAAUUGUUGAUACGAGCACGGAAUUGGUUGAGAAGCAGUGGCAGAGGGUUAUUAUUGGAGAUCAUGAGUUUAAUGUCCAAGGCGCCUGCACACGCUGCCAAAUGAUCUGCAUAGACCAGCAGACGGGAAACAAAACUGUGGAACCCUUGAGGACGAUCUCCGAGGCAUUUUCCGGCAAAAUGAAGUUCGGAAUAUACCUCACUUACAUAGGACCAGUGAACGGGCCAGCGAGCCAACCACUGGCUGUCAACGCUCCGGUUAAACCAAUCAUGGGCGACGAUAUUAGCAGGUUCGUCAAUAAGCAAAAAAGAAAGAAAAGAAAAUAUGUACUUCCACAGCGUUUCCGGGGAUUUGUAGGUUUAACUUAGCAAGUCGUAUUUAUAGGGUGUAUAGUUUCAGGUCCAAUUUAAGCUAGCACUUACAAAAUAUUGUAAACAUUCCAUUAUUUUAUUAUUCUAUUAGCUCUACCUGAAUGGAUGCAUUGAUGCAUUAUUAUUUACGAAUUUAAUUGUGCACCUACAUGUUCAGGAUAAAAUAAGCAUUAGCUAUUGCUAUAGGGUAUUUAAUUUGUUCUCUUUUAUACCUGACACAGUUUCUAUAUUUACUCAUAUUAUUUUUUUGAUUUUUUAUAUUUUUCAUUGUUAAUCUAUCAUGGUUGUUUCAUGGGUUAUGCCUAUGCCUUAUUUUAUGUUGUCACUUAUUUUAGCACAAUUUAUGACUAAUGAAUUUUAUAGAUUUUAUAUUGUGCCUUUUAAUGUAACAUCUGUGGUCUACAUAUUUAAACUUUACUAUGAGUAAAAAAAUCUUAUUGAG